AUGAAUUUAUUCCUUUUUCUCUUAACUGGAUUUGAUACAACAGCAAAUACAUUAAGCCUAAUAGCACACAAUUUGAUUUUUUACCCUGAAGUUCAGAAACGUUUAUUUGAAGAAAUUGAGGAAAUUUGUGGAUUAGAAGAAGGGGAAAUAAUUAAUUAUGAACAAUUGGCCAAAUUAAAAUAUGCAGAUGCUGUGUUUUAUGAAACACAAAGACUAUGUCCAAUGGCUGCAGCUGUUGUUAACCGAGUUUGUGAGGAGACAACAACUCUCGGAGAUAUAACAAUAGAGAAAGGCACAGUUGUUUCAGCCGAUUUAUUCACUUUACACCGGGAUAAAAAAAUUUGGGGAGAAGAUGCUGAAGAAUUUAAACCGGAAAGAUGGUUAUUAAAUGAGAAUAUAAAUACACCUACAGAAUAUUAUUAUCCUUUUGGGGGAGGGCCUAGAAUUUGUAUUGGAAUGAAGUUGGGAAUGAUGGAAAUUAAAAUGGUUUUAGUUCAUUUAUUACGCUCAUUUGAAUUAAAAAGAUGUUGGAAGACGGAGGUUGAAUUAAAUUUUUCUGGCCAAGUUGUUCUGAACCCAGAAACAAUUACUAUUCAAUUAAAAUCAAGACAAAGAAUUUAA